AUGGGAGCCAACACUAGCGUCCUCAGUGCGUGUGGCGAGACCACACGCCACGUACAAAGCAUAAAUUUCGCUGGGCGGAGCCGAUCGGGGCAGCGGCGAGAGGACCACGUCGAGCGGUUUGAGCUCGUAGACGGCCAACUGGCAGCAGUUGUAGCUCCGCCAGCAACCUACGAGAUUUUGGUGAAGUGCAGCCUCGACAAAUUGAGCGCCUUGCGCUGCACCGCGACGUGCGUCUCGUCUCCCUCCGCCGUCGCAGACAUCAUACCCGUGAGCCCGUCGCCCGCGAGACACUCGAAUAACAACUCAGAUACCCCAGAUUUGGAAGAACCUCUGCUCGCUGUUCAUGUCACCAUACCCGAGCUCCCUGGGGGCCGCCUGUACGUCUUAAGCUUAUAUCUGGGGUCACAGCGCAUCGUCUCGGCCAGAGUCCUGCUGGCGGAUGUCGUCACACGGGAACGGGAGUCGUCAUUCGAGACUCCAACUAGCACCAUCUCAGAUGCAGUAACGGAUACUGAACUGGAUUUUCCUGCUGAUGGCCCUCAUUUCAGGACUCAAAUCGCGCGAUGGGACGCCGCCGUACCUCAGUUACGUGCAACUGUGAAAACUGUGGGAGAAAAAGCGUCGAAACUCGCGGGCUCCCUGGCUGCGUCCUAUCGGGAUGCCGAAGGUCUGGCGGCGGCUCUUCAUGACCUUCAAUCCCUGGGCUCAGCAGUACCGUACAUGCAUGAGCCUAUUUCAACAUUAAUAAAGCUUCUGACCAAAUUGGGCAAGUUUCAAAAUUCAGUCAGUUCCGCGGUCUCGGGGAGCUUGCAACAGUCCUCGGCCUCUUGCCUAACUGCGCUCGACUUGAGGAUGACAUCCACCAGAAAGAAACAGUACCAGGAUAAGACCAAGGAAUUCUAUACGUAUGUGGGUAAGAACUUCAGUUCCUCUGACGCAGCUAACUUCGCGCGGAAAAAACAAUUCGAACUUGGAAGAUUUGAUUAUUUCACUUAUUUCGUCGAACUUCUAAACGGCAGCUCUCUGCGGCAGCUCAAUGUUGAGCUUUGUCGCUUUGCGGAUUUGUUGGCCGGCCGUGUCGACCCUUCCAGUUCAUUAACAACAGCCCAUUUACUUCGGGAAGCAUCCCGGGUUCGUGAUGACUAUGGCAACUACAAAAAGACUAUCGUAGCAAAGAGAACUAAUAUUUUACGCGCGAAGAACUACAAUGACUUGUCAAAAGAAAUGGCUAUGAGUUCAAAUUCCGAUUACAGAGUUUACAGAGAGGGAAUCUUAUGGACUCAAAAGGGGCAUGGUAAAAGUUCCAGUUGGCACAAGCAGUGGGUAGUUUUGAGAGAUUCUCAACUCGCGGAAUAUUCCGAUUGGAAAUCCGACGGUAAAAAACUAGCGCGUCCUAUUCUCAACUUGACAUUUUCUUGCAUCAAAGGUUCGCAUGACAAAAAUAAUGGCUUUGAGAUCGUAACUGUUGAUGGUUCUUCUCGGGCUUUCCGCGCUGAGAGCGACAACGAAGCGGAAAGCUGGAUAAGAGACCUGCUAAUAUCGAUUGGUAUUGACCCACAAAACUCUUCAAAAACACGAACAACGUCAUCGUCGCUCUUAGACGCCGUUCGCUCACUUGAUGACUCAAACAAAAUCUGUUGCGAUUGCGGUUCUGAAGUUCAAGUUGAUUGGAUUUCCAUCAAUCUCCUUUGUGUGGUCUGCAUCAACUGUUCUGCCGUUCAUCGAUCACUGGGGACCCAUGUAUCAAAAAUACGAUCUUUGAAGCUUGACUUUUUUGAUUCGAAAGAGAUGUCAGAGCUAUUAAAACGUGUUUCGAAUAAGAACGUCAACCAAAUUUAUGAAGCCGAACUAGCCGCAAAACCCAUUAACUCCUCUGCAACAAUCGAAGAAAGGACGCCGUUUAUUUUGAAUAAAUACGCCAAAAGAGCUUUCGUGUUGCAGCUACAAGAACCUGAUAAAAGAAGUCUCCAAAAAAGACUCUACCACGAUCUUAUCAAGUCAAUCCAUCUCAACAGCAUUUACUCUCUACAGCAAUGCAUUGCUCAGGGCGUCGACUUCGAAGAGAUUAAUCAGCAGCAUGGAGACUCCAUUUUCCCAUAUUCAUUAAAGCAUUUUCAGGGCACCAGAGACAAGCCAGUAUUUUUUAUUACCGAGUUUCUGUUACUGAAUGGGCUAAUGGUAGGAAAAAUCCCGGGAGAUAAAUCUGGCUUGUCCCAGCCAGAGUUGGCAUAUUGGAAAGGCAAGGCCGAAACCAAUAGCGUUCACCCGCUCAAGUCCGUUAGUGGAAGUGUUUCGAUGGCAAAUCGGAAACUCCCCAGUAUUGCGAAAUUGAACACUUCACUAGUCGACACGGGACCAUUGAGAGAACCUCCCGCCACUUCGUCAGCAGCUAUACACGGCAGUAAGCGAUGGAGCAUUAAUACGAGCAUGCCCACCUCUCCUCCUUCUGCAGUGUCUUCGUCAUCCUCGUUCUUCCCAAAGAAUCUGAAGUUUCCAAAACUUCCUGCUGGAAAGAGUCUAUGA